CGCACUAGAAUACAUCAAUAAUACAGUUGGCGACAACACUAUUAUUAAAAUGUUAUUAUUAGGCUAUUUUAAUUUAUUCUAAGUCAAUACAAGUAACCAUGCAUUUCUGUAAGAUAUUAUAUCGCAGCAUUCUCAGCUAUUGGCUCUUGUCUUGCCCUUUUAAAGGCGGCCUGAAGGCGAAGGAGUCAAAUUCCAUCCCACGUAGGAAGCAGCAGGGCAGCUCCUCACGUUUCUCCCUUCUUCCAACACGACACAUAACGGUCCGCAUCAACAGGCAGAAUAAGGGAGAGCUUUAUUCCUCUUCGGUUGGAUUAGAACGCUAUUGACACAUGCUACGGUAUCCACUUUUAUAAUAAUGGCGCAUUUUCUAGAGUUGUAUCGUUUUGAACGAGUUGUGUCCCAUUUCAUCUGAAAUGAACCUUCUUUCUAUGUUUGUCAAAGUGUAUCUUGAUGCAAUAGAGUGAAUUGACGCCCAAAGGAAUCAGACAGAAUGUGAUAUUUUAACGAUUUUCGACACAUAGCAGAACAUUUGAUUACGGACAUGUAAGCAUUUCACCGUAAGGUCUACUACACCUGUUUAUAUUCGGCGCAUGUGACAAAUACAAAAUGGAUUUGAUUUGAUAUGAGGAACAAGCGAAGAGAGGGAGAAUCGAACAGCCUGCUACUUUCCCCAGCGGAAAUGAGCUCAGUCGGGGUUUUUCCAUCUUUUAGAACAUGACGGGUUUCAGCCACUACUUGCUGCCGGUGGAGCCCUGAAGGUUCUCAUUCCACAACCAACAUCUCUGCAGGGCUGAUUCGGAUGGAAUGUCAAAGGAACUCAAAUGAACUACAUCAACACGGACCGUAGCGACACGCAACAUAAUCAGCACCACUGCGAAGGAGGCAUGGAAGGUGGCUUGGGCACACCCACGUCAUCAGCUGGCAGCUCCACCUGCAAGAGGCUCCAGCAGCACCGGCGCCCAGAGUACCUGAGGACAGAGUUACACAGGCUACAGAGCACCCUGGCUGGGGAGGAGGGGAGGACAGCCUGCCUGACCAACGGAGCAUCUGGAUGUCAUGGGAUGAACAGGCAGAACGGGCACAGUGAUGUCAUAAAGACGAGCAACACCCUGAGACUACAUGUACCACCAGCUGGCUCAUGUGUCUCAGUCAGCCAGCAGCUCUCUCCUCUGGAGACAUACAGCUCAGAAGCAUACAAACCAUCCCUAAGUUACCAAAACAACCACUUAAUUUCCUCCUCUCCUACUCUUCCUCUUCUCCUUUCCUCUCCCACUCUUCCUCUCCUCUCCUCUCCCACCCCUCCUCUCCUCUCAUCCUCUCCUCCUCCUCUCUCACAGGAAGAGGGGUGUUGUGUCACUAAGUUUUCAUCAUCCAACCCUCAGGCCAGUUCCCCCAGCCCUCAGAGUGACUUCAGGUUGACCCCAGGGUCAAUCCCCCUACAGCCCUGCCUCUUGAGCCCUAACGCCGGGUCUAGUUCUGCUGCCUCUGCCACUCAGUUCUGCCCUCCUAAGUCCAGACCCAGGUCCCCUAACUCCAGGACCUGUCCCUCUGGUUCCACUGGCUCCAGGUCAUCCCAGUCCCCCCAGCCUACCUGCCACUCCAGGCCACCUCCUUCAGGGGACACCCCCUUCAGCUCUUCUUUCAGCUUCAUCCAACAGUCACUGAGCCUUGAUUCACUGAGCUCCAGUCACAGGACAGAUACAGACACUGCAGCUGGUGAGAGGCCCCCUGGCCUAAACCCAGACCCACAACCACUGAACAGCUCUCCUGGCCUAAACCCAGACCCACAACCACUGAACAGCUCGCUCUCCUGGCCUAAACCGCACAACCACUGA